AUGUCCGCACCGCCCGUCGAUCUAUAUGUGCAAUGUGCACCUAGCGUACUCGUUCAGUCCUUCAAGAACGGGACUCACGAAGUGAAAUUGCGCAACAGUGACUAUGCACUCAUCAUCUUGAACUGGAUUGGCAUCAACAUCCAACUACUCGACCUCGCCGCAAAGCAGGACGACCUCUCAUUGCCCGUGAGCAAGCUCGUGCUCCAUGGCGUCUGUUACGACGCCUGCUCGCAGUGGGGUCCGCCCCGACCUGAGAGCAGCACCUAUCUACAGAAAGUCAUACACCUCCCUUACGCGGUCGACCUCAUCAUCGACGAAUGUUUGGCGGCUUAUGUGUACGUUGUACCCUGGCUGGAGCCACACAUGGAACGCCUUCGCUACAUGGACUUGACUAUCUGCGAACACGACUGUUGUGCUGUUCCCAACCCAAACGAGUGCUUGACACAGUUCGGUGUCUGGUACGAGAUUCUUCUAGACGCAACCAUCAAGAGGAAGAAGGCAUACGGCAAUACAAAAAUCACACAUGUCUCCAUGGAGUACGCACAUUCGGAGGUGGGGCAACUAUGCUGCCACGGGACUCUAGUUAUCGGAUGGUCGGACGGGAUAACCUGGACGCUGAGGUACUCAGGCGAGACUGCCGCGGGGGUGCUCCGGUUCAUCCGCGACGGUGUAUUUCUGUACUUCCGGACGAAAGCGUCACGAUAUGAUGGCGGGGUGUCGAUCCAGUGGAAGUUGAGGUGGGUGCCCGAAAGAGAAAAGGAGCCGAUGACGGAGACUUGUAAGAACCAGGUCGAGUGGGAGAGGGAGUUGAAGAAGAGGUUCUUGCAACCUCCUCGCGCGUCGCCUGGCCCGCCGACUACGUUGGGGCCUUGA